CACCAUGGUGGCAUACAACAGAGCACAGCGGCGGCGGACCUAUCUCCACUUUUAGACCUAUUAAAAAUGUUAAUAUACUGAAUUUCCUCAGUGAGUGUACUCGGCUCUACCUCUCAUAAUGGACGCCAGGUUGUUGUUGACGGGAUAGCCGUUAGCCGCUAGCUUACUUUUUUGUGUUUGCUGGGCUCCUGCAUGUAAUUUCUUUCCGUCGCUAGCAGAAUGCUGAAGAGACAAGGAAUGGCUUUGAUGAACGCUGCCUUGAAUAAAGGGACAUUUUUCACCAUAAAGAAAUAACUCCGACGAGACAGUUUGAGCCAAGCUUUUUACAAGAAGUUUCCUCUCGGCGGGACCCGGUGGUUGGCAGCCGGUUUCGGGCUCGGGCAACAGAAAGACAGACACCCCCGAGGAGACUGCUCGGCUGUCUGGCUCCAGUCGUGGCCUGGCUCCGGGCACUCCCAGCUUAUCCGCUAGCAUCGGACCACAGGCGACAAGAAUAAAGCAAGACACCAAGGGGGGCUUCUUUUGUUUAUAUCCGUGGAGCUGGAUAUUCUUAACAUUAAUUUAGGAUAAGGAAUUCAGUAUCCUCCAGACGGCGUCUUCCAAAACAAUGGCGUCUUAUGUGGAUAACAGCUUUCGGCAGGCUGUGAUGAUGAAUCCGGCUGAAAGGACGCAACAGGACCUGGAGAUUGUCUACUCGUAUCUCCAUGGGAUGGAGGCCUUGUCGAACCUGCGAGAGCACCAGCUGAGGAUAAUGUGUGAGACUGUGCGUUACGAGAGACAUGAGGCCAAUGAAGUGCUCUACUAUCCUGACGACAUCGGAAGCUGCUGGUACAUCCUGUUGUCCGGCUCCGUCUUCAUCAAGGAGUCCAUGUUCCUGCCCAGAAGCAGUUUUGGGAAGCGAUCAGCAGGCAGCCUGCGACGUGGAUGUGAGUGCAUCGUCCUGGAACCCUCAGAGAUGAUUGUGGUGGACUAUAUGGAUGAAAAUGAGGAGUACUUUCAGCGACAAGCCUCGCACAGACAGUCCCGUCGGCGCUUUCGGAAGAUCAACCAGAAAGGGGAGAGGCAGACAAUCAUCGACACCGUGGAUCCGUACCCCACCGGAAAGCCACCCAUAGCCCGGGGAUACCACACGGAAUGCAAUAAACCUCAGCUCCCCGCAGACUUCAGCAGACUUCACCUGGCCGACGGCUUGCACCCACAGGUGACCCACGUCUCCUCCAGCCACUCAGGAUGUAGUAUCACCAGCGACUCUGGAAGCAGCAGCCUGUCAGACAUUUAUCAGGCCACAGAAAACGAACCAGGUGACAUGGACCUGAGCGGCUUGCCAGAGACCGCCGUUGACUCCGAGGAGGACGACGAUGAGGAGGACAUCGAGCGAGCGUCGGACCCUCUCAUGAGCCGGGACAUCGUGCGGGACUGCCUGGAGAAGGACCCCAUGGACAGGACCGACGACGACAUAGAGCAAUUACUGGAGUUCAUGCAUCAACUGCCAGCGUUUGCCAACAUGACCAUGUCAGUGAGGAGGGAACUCUGCGCCGUCAUGGUCUUCGCUGUGGUCGAACGCGCCGGCACCAUCGUUCUCAAUGAUGGAGAGGAGCUGGACUCGUGGUCGGUGAUCCUGAAUGGUUCGGUGGAGGUGACGUACCCCGAGGGCCGGACAGAGAUCCUGUGCAUGGGGAACAGUUUUGGCGUGUCACCAACCAUGGAGAAGGAAUACAUGAAGGGCGUGAUGAAGACCAAGGUGGACGACUGCCAGUUCGUGUGUAUAGCCCAGCAGGACUACUGCUGCAUCCUCAACCAGGUGGAGAAGAACAUGCAGAAGGUCGAGGAGGAAGGGGAGAUCGUUAUGGUGAAGGAACACCGUGAACUGGACCGCACCGGCACCAGGAAAGGACACAUCGUCAUCAAGGGGACACCGGAGCGUCUCACCAUGCACCUGGUGGAGGAACACUCAGUGGUGGACCCCACCUACAUCGAGGACUUCCUGUUGACAUACAGGACCUUCCUCUCCAGCCCCAUGGUCGUGGGCAAGAAGCUUCUGGAGUGGUUCCACGACCCCAGUCUCAGGGACAAGGUUACACGGGUAGUCUUGCUGUGGGUAAACAAUCACUUCAAUGACUUUGAGGGUGACCCUGCCAUGACUCACUUUCUGGAGGAGUUUGAAAACAAUCUGGAGAAAGAAAAAAUGUGUGGGCACCUCAGACUGUUAAAUAUAGCGUGUGCUGCUAAAGCCAAGCCGCGGCUGGUGACGCUGACCAAGCCGUCCAGGGACUCUCCUCUGGCCUUCAGCCUCCUCGGAGGUCAGGAGAAAGGUUUUCGCAUCUUCAUUGAUGCCGUGGAGCCUGGGAGCAAGGCAGCAGAAGUCGGCCUUAAGCGUGGAGAUCAGAUCUUGGAGGUCAAUGGGCAGAACUUUGAGAAUGUCCAGCUCAGCAAAGCCAACGAGAUUCUGAAGAACAACACCCACUUGUCCAUAACUGUGAAAACAAAUCUUUUAGUGUUUAAAGAGCUGCUAACAAGGCCAGAGCACGACCACGACUUGGACGGUGAGGAGGAACAUGACCGAAAGAACGGCGCACCCCACCUUCCAAAGAUCGGCGACAUCAAGAAGGCCAGCCGCUACUCCAUCCCCGACCUGGCGGUGGACGUGGAGCAGGUGAUGGGCCUGGAGAAGGUCAGCAAGAAAGCGAAGACCAACACGGUGGGAGGACGCAACAAGCUGAAGAAGAUCUUCGACAAGACACUCACCAGCAUCCUGCCUCCUAAACCAUACAAUGACGUUUGCGUGGGCCAAUCGCAGGACGACAGCAUUGUGGGGAUGAAGCAGUCCAAACAGAUCGCACCAGCUCUGCCCGUUAGUGGGAACCUCUCGUCGUCAAACCCGGACCUCCUGCAGUCUCACCACCGCAUCCUCGACUUCAACAACCAGCCUGUCCCAGUCACACUGAAUAUGUCGGACCAGGUAUUACGAGUCUUCAAAGCAGACCAGCAGUCUCGAUACAUCAUGAUCGGGAAGGACACGACAGCCAAGGAGGUGGUGGCUCAAGCUAUCAGGGAGUUUGCCCUGACUGCUGCACCAGAAGCUUAUUCUCUGUGUGAAGUAUCCGUCACGCCAGAAGGUGUCAUCAAACAGAGGCGGUUACCAGAUCAGCUGUCUAAACUAGCCGACAGGAUUCAACUGAGUGGCAGAUACUACCUAAAGAGCAACAUGGAGACCGAGACGUUAUGUUCAGACGAGGACGCUCAGGACCUCCUGCGAGAGGGCCAGAUCUCUUUGUUACAGCUCAGCACGGUGGAGGUCGCCACUCAGCUCUCCAUGCGGGCCUUUGAACUCUUCUGCGCCAUCGAGCCCACCGAAUACAUCGACGACCUCUUCAAGCUGCGCUCCAAGACGGGCUCGGCCAGCCUGAAGCGCUUUGAGGAGGCCAUCAACCACGAGACCUUCUGGGUGGCCACAGAGGUGACGCGGGAGCCCAACCAGCUCAAACGCAUGAAGACCGUCAAGCACUUCAUCAAGAUCGCGCUGCACUGCCGCGAGUGCAAGAACUUUAACUCCAUGUUCGCCAUCAUCAGUGGUCUGAACCUGGCUCCAGUCUCCAGACUGAGGGGAACAUGGGAGAAGCUACCUAGCAAGUACGAGAAGCUGUUCGGGGACCUGCAGGACCUCUUCGACCCCUCUAGGAAUAUGGCCAAGUACAGGAAUGUCCUCAACAAUCAGAACCUCCAGCCACCAAUCAUCCCCCUGUUCCCCGUCAUCAAGAAGGACCUCACCUUCCUACAUGAAGGCAACGACUCUAAGGUGGACGGCCUGGUCAACUUUGAAAAGCUGAGGAUGAUUGCCAAAGAAAUUCGCCAUGUUGGUCGCAUGGCCUCCGUUAACAUGGACCCAGCCCUGAUGUUCCGGACCAGGAAGAAGAAGUGGAGAAGUUUAGGGUCUCUAAGCCAGGGCAGUGCCAAUGCGGCGGUGCUCGAUGUCACCCAGACAGGCGGGCACAAGAAGAGGGUGCGACGCAGCUCCUUCCUGAACGCCAAAAAGCUUUACGAGGACGCCCAGAUGGCCAGGAAGGUCAAACAGUACCUUUCCAACCUCAGUCUAGAAACAAACGAGGAGAGUCUGCAGACGCUCUCGCUGCAGUGUGAACCCUCCAUCAGCACAUUGCCCAAGAAUGCCGGUGGGAAACGACCAGACACCUCCCCGGUCGUGUCCAGAGCUGCCAGCCAACAGAGGGGCCAGUUGGCCAAAGGUAACCAGGCCCUCCAGGUCCCCGCCGUGGCCCUGUACCCAUCUCGAAAGAAAGUGCCAGUCAAGGACCUGCCGCCUUUCGGCACCAGUUCCCCUCAGUCUCUGAAGAAGAUCCUGUCUCUGUCAGAGGAGGGGAACGAAAGGCACCGGAGGCAGCCAGAGGACACUGUGUCCAACGCCUCCUCCCAGCUCUCCUCCCCUCCCACCUCCCCCCAGAGCUCACCCAAGAAGGGUUACAAUAGAAUGGGAGACGCCUACUCGGACUCCGGUCACAGUGAGAUCUCCUCGCGCUCCAGCCUCGUCAGUAACUCCUCUUUCGACAUGGCCCAGGAGGAGAGGAGACUGCGUCACUCUGGAGGAGUCGGGGAAUCUCACAUCGGAGGACAGCGGCUGGAACGAAGAGCCACAACCGACCCCGACCAGUACAGCCUCGGGUCGUAUUCGUCGAUGCAGGACUGCCGGGGCAUUUACACCGGCUGCCCUACAGUGCUCUCCUCACCCAGUUCAGAGGAGCUGACUCAGGAUCAGGGCGAUCGCGUUUCCCUUGAUGCUGCAGACAGUGGCCGCGGCUCCUGGACUUCCUGCUCCUCUGGAUCCCACGACAACAUCCAGACCAUGCAGCAGGGACGCAGCUGGGAGACUCUGGCAUUCGGUGGAGGCGGAGGCGGAGGAGUCAUCGGAGGGCUCCCUCCUGGUGGACCUGAGGCCUUAUUAGGGGGGCCCGCUGCACUGUGGGCAGCCCAGGCCAGGGGGAGCUGGGCGUCCGCAAGCUCCUCCUCAUCCUCAGCUGCGUACUGGGGAGAGGACUCUGAGGGAGACACUGGCACCAUUAAGAGGAGAGGAGGGAAGGACGUCAACGCCGACCCAGAAACAAGUAGCAUCACAUCCACCGGGUCAGAGGAGGCCAAGCAGCUCAGCCGGCCCUCCCCAUCACCCAUCACCGCCGGGGGUAAAGGCCUCAUUUCACGGAAAGAAAGCCGUUAUCGUGAGCCUCCCCCGACUCCCCCCGGCUACACUGCCCUGACCAUCUCCGACCUCGCUGAAGGGCAGCACCCGGCCCCGUCUAUUCCCACGUCCACAGCGACCCACUCAGGCCGCCGGCCACCCGACUACACCACGGCUCUGCAGCGCUCACGCAUGGUCACCCAGUCGCCCGACUCCCAGGGGGCCAAACAGCGGGCGGGCGGCCUCCACCGCACGCGCUCACCGGCCGAGGAGCAAGAGGCGGAAGAGGAAGAGGAGGGUGAGUCCUUGUCUUCCAAACUAAUCGCUCUGAGGAAGCCAAAGCCAGUGGCACAGCAUACACCUGAGACUCCCAGACCAUGAGAGUGUGUGUACGGGGGUUAACAGGCAGGGCCCCUCUCCCCAAGGCAGAGGAUGAACAGGUGUCAGCGGUCUGAGGGACAACAGUGGACGUCCUUUCGCAGUAACUUGAAGUCCCCCUGGUUUGGGGUGGGCAGGAUUAAAGAGACUGACAGACAGACAGACAGACCAAUGGACUCAUCAUCAGUUACGUACGUGCCUGCCUCCUCCACUUGGCUCUCCCUCCUGAUUGGUGGAUUCCUCUGCUCGUCUCCCUCCCCUGCCUUAAAGCAUCAUAGGGGGUUGAAUGACCCUGCAUGCAAAAAAAAAUACUGUGAAGAAGAGAUGGAGAGAAGGUCAAAGACGAUGACACAACGCCUGGCACUUUGGAAAAAAAAAAAAAGACUACAGAAACCUAACUGGUGCCGGGGGGGGUCGACCUGGCCACACACACACACACACACACACACACACACACACACACACACACACACAAAACCACAUAGAUGUUGCUGUUAGAAAUCGGCCCCCACCCAGUGACAAACCCCCCAAACCCACCUGUUAACACAACAGCAUCAAGACGUGUUGAGCUUCAGCUGCACUUUCUCAUUUUCUACUUUCUGAAAAACAGAACAAAUGAAAACAAAACGGACCAUCGUUUGAAGACGGAGAGAAACAACGGUUGACUUGACUCUUGAAUUUUCAACUUCCCACUAGAUUUCAUUUCUUUCUUUCUUUUUAAUGGUCAUUCUCUCUGACUGAUUGCACUCUGGGGGCCGAAAAAAAAAGAAACCAAGUCAGCCCACAUUUCUCUGCCUGGACUGAAACAACCCAUCUGUUGUUGAGUGUUUGAACUCUGAAUCCAGUAUUAUCUCAUGUUUCACAUGUGAAAGUUUAUCAAGUGUUGGUUCAAAUCAAAGCUAGGAGGAGAGCCCAGUCGGGAGAACCAACAUGCACAGUGUACUGACAUACCUACAUGCACACACACACACACACACACACACACACAAAGUACAUUUUGUGUACCAGUACAUACACAGAUUCAUUUCUAAAAAGAAAAAAAUAGCACUUUCAGCACAAUCCUAGAUGUUACCAGACAUUUGGCCUGGAUACCAGGGUAUGAGUGAACCAUAUCUUACUGUCAUCCCACCUUGGAGCUUGUCUGGUUUUAUCAAAAAGUCUUUUCUUCAUCCUGUCGCUUGCUGUUACAUCGAGAGUGUGUUUUGUUCCUGGCCUGUAGGUGAUAUCAAAAAGCACAGAGGUGAUUGAACGCCCACUGAAAACUGAGCGAGCAUGGACUCCAGCCUGUUGGUCUCUGCAGAGGUACACGAGGUAACUGAAGCUGAGCUGCAGCUGCAGUGGAGAGGAUUUAAAGGUCCAGUGUGCAGGAUUUAGGGGGAUACAGUGGCAGAAAUUAAAUAUAAUAAGUGUGUUUUCUCUAGUGUAUAAUCACCUGAAAAUAAGACCUGUUGGGGUUUUGUUACCUAAGAAUGAGUCGUUUAUAUCUACAUAGGGAGCAGGUCCUCGUCAACGGAGAUCGCCAUGUUGCACCGCCAUGUUUCUACAGUAGCCCAAAACAAAUAAAACCAAACACUGGCUCUAGAUAGGGUCAUUUUCACAUUGGCCACCUUAGUUAGCAGCCCCUCCGCCAUGAAAGUGUUGGGAAAAAAGGAAUUGUUUUAACGUGAAACUGCUGUAUUUAGUGUUUUCACUGGUUUAAAUCACUGGGUCUGUUUGUUCUGGAGAGGAAGAGACCUCUGCAGAUAAUUCAGCUCCUGGUAAAAACCUCCUGAACUUAGUGGUCUUAAGUCAUCAGAGACAAAAGGUGAGCACACAUUAGCAAGUGCUGAGCUAGCGGCCCAUCUCUGACAUGCAUAACAGCAUCCGAGAAACACUGAUUUGUAACGUAAAACUGCUUUAUCCAGUGUUUUUACUGGUUUUAAUCAACUGGGGUCUCAUUUAUAAAACAGUGCGUGGGAUCCAUACUGAAAAUGUACAAACAGACAAGAGCCAAAAUGGUGUGCGCCAAAUAAUAUUCAACAGUUCCUACCAUCAGGCUUCCACCUCACCAUUUGGUCACCAAUUUCCCGUCUCCAAAAUGUUCGUAAGCAUGGGUCAAAGUUUCUCCCAUCAAGUCUGUUUUUAUAGAUCACAGCUUUUCCAUGGGAAGUAGCGUACGCCUCUUUCAGGCCUUGUUUUGUGCGUACGCAGUGUUUAUAAAUCAGACCCCAGGUCUGUUUUGGAGAGGAGGAGACCUCUGCAAAUAAUUCGACUCCUGGUAUAAACCUCCUGAACAUAUUGAUCUUAAAUUAUCAGAGAAACAAGGUGAGCAAACAGUAUCAGGUGCUGAGCUCGUGGCCUAUCUCUGACAUGCCAAACAGCAUCAGAGAAACACUGAUUUGUAAUGUAGAACUACUUUAUUCAAUGUUUUUACUGGUUUUAAUCACCAGGUCUGUUUGUUUUAGAGAGAAAGAGACCUCUGUGGAUAUUUCGGCUCCUGGUAAAAACCUCCUGAACAAUGAACACUAAAGGAAAUCUAACCGAGAGAAGUUUCAGCUGGUUGCAAUCUGCAAUCCUCACCACUAGAUGCCACUAAAUCCCCCUAAAUCUUACACACUGCUCCUUCAAUCCUGGAGGUUUUGCCCAUUUUUAUAGCUGAUGUUAGGUAAAGUACAAACUGUGAGCGGUCAGCGAGCACUCACUGACACUGGCGUCAGAGACGUUGCCUCUCUUUCCUUUGUUUUAUAUGAAAAGAAUCACAGACCAACCAAGGUGGUAAAUAUCAGCAUAUUUCAGAAGCUGCCAUGUGUAAAUUAACUAUCUACCUUUACAAGUGAUCUUGUACAGAGUCUUAUAAAACACUUUCAAGAUAAAAGUAUCCACAAAUUCUAAAUUGGCUUUUUUUUUUUUUUCUCUCAACCUGAACAUCACACCACAUUUUGUGAAUGUCCAAAGCGCCUUACGAUUCCAUGAUCGCAUACAUUUCUUUGUGUGGUUGUUCCCGUCACAAAUCACCUUGUUUCAAGAGCAGUCUUGAUUCAAGCAAUAGCAGAGUGAAAUGCCUUAUUCAAGAUACUUCCCCCAAGACUUUUUAUUUCAACAUUAAGACUCAGUACAAGACGAAGCCAAGCAUUUUCUAUGUGUUCUGUUCUCACGUGGCUUCAGACGGCAUCAUCACACUUGUGUUGUUAGAUCUUUUUCGUCUACACUCAGAGCGCCCCGCACUCCUCCCUCUGCUGCAUCGACUCAUCCUCUGAAACUCACCUGUUACAGACAUCAGCUCAGUGGAUGCUGUUUGUAAAUCGCUAACGCCUGCAUCCAGUUUUUCCACCAUAUCUCGCCAUCGAUGGAAGUGACUGAAGAUUUUAUUUUUCUCCGACUCCGGUGGGGAAGUUGACGCAUGAAGAAAAUCUUUUUCAAGGCUGCCAAUCAGAACAAUUAGAAAUCCAAUUGUGAAAAGUGACUUUUUGUUUUCUUCUAUCACUGAGUCGCACUGAUCACAUUGAUCAGUCUUGGAAACUACAGACUGAGAAAAAGAUGAAUGAGUGCAGUGUUUUCCACUGUGGUCUGUGACUAUACACUAAUGAUUUCCUGGGUUUCUUUUUGUUAUUGUAUUUUUUUUUGUAAUGGCUGCAGAUAGAUUGUUAAUAAUUUGUUUGUAAUACAGUGGUGACAUGCAUCAUUCACUUUCAUUCAACUCUGAAGAUAAUGUGCAUAUUAGCGGGCCGAGACCUAUUUCGAAAACAAAAAGUUGCACAAAAAUGUACAAGCGUAAAGAUAAGUGUAGUAGGUAGAACUGCUACUCCUGUUUGAUGUGUGAUGUCAGUGAGAAAUGUACAUUUAGCUGGUGACGACCUUCUUUUCUUCAUUCUUUCUUGUACUACUUUGACCUGUAUGUCUUUUAAAAAGACAAUUGGUGGAGUACGUAUCAGUUGUUUUUGUAUUUUUAAUACAAUAAUUGUAAAUAUUGGUUAUAUUUUUGUUCAAAUGUACUAUGUUUAUGCCUCAACAUCCAGUUUAUAUGAAGCUGGGAAUCAAUAAAUACUGCAUAAAGAAUCAACACAUAGGUUUAAAUGCACUUAUUCAUUUUUUCUGCAUUUCGAUGUCUUUCUUUUCCGUUUUAGUUUUUUUCCCUUCAGAGGAUUUUCGCCCGGAUACCGUCUAGUGUUUGCACAAGUCAUGGAAGCAACUUGAAAAGUGUAACUCUCAUACUUUUCUAUCUGACCGCGGUGUGUCAGAAUUAAUAAAAAAGAGAUAUUGAAGUCUCCCCUCGCUUUUA